AUGAGCCCCUCUUUGCUUGCCGCCGUGCUCCUUAUACUUGUUGUAGCCCUCUCCCCUCAUUAUGUAUCUGCAGCCUCCGUCAUCAACGAGACCUGCAAGGCUGUAGAGAGGGUGCGCUCAGUAGACUACCGAUUCUGCAUGGAAACUCUCUAUGCCGUGCCUAAAAGCACAUCCGCCGACACUCGCGAGCUCGCCCUCCUUGCUGCCAACCUCACAAAAAUCAACAUCACCUCAAUCAUAGACAUUACCGAAGAUCUCGUCAACAAUCUCAUCGCAUGCAUUCGCUACUACAGGGAGAUGAAGCAAUCAGUGACAGGUUCCAUAGGAGACAUCAAGGCCAGGAAUAUAGAGAAUGCCAUUGACAAAUUGCAGCAUGCCGAGGACACACCUGACGACUGUGAUAUCCUACUCUUUGAAGGAAGAGCCAUGAAGAACCCACUGAGAGAUGAGAAUCUCAACGCGAAAGCUCUUGCGGAACUCGCUUAUUCGAUAACCUCCUUGUUGGAAAAUAAAAAAUAA